GUGUGGAAAAUAGGGCUUCCCGUCCGCUCAGCCGUACUCAAGCCACACGCCGGUGAGUUAGUAGUUGGGUGGGUGACCACCAGCGAAUCCUCACUGUUGAGCAAGAUGCGAGACGCAACUGCAGUUAUUGUGAAUGGGUUUAACGUGAACGUAUUUGGUUCGAUUAGAACAAAACCAUUCCCCAAAAUCGAAAAUCAUAAGCCACCGUAG